GUCAACUACUAUAUAUGUGUUAAUUAAUCCCGUUCUGCUUCUGCACCUCAACAACUGGCCGUGUCACAACGCUCGGUUCCUUCUUAGCCCAAGACCGAGAUAGUGCGUGCUCAUUCGGUUCCCAAGGGCGUUGACGAGCCAUUGCUUCAUGCUGCAGCCCUCGAUCUUCAGAAAGUUAUCCCUACGAUUGAUCUCCCUCUCCGUAUCUGGUGGGAACAGGCUUCUUCAAGACUACAAGAGAAGGCAGUAACAUGGACAACGCGGUGGGGCAUCCCAAGCUUAUGUCGCUCCAUUUAUUAGAAGAAAUUACAGCUGGUUUCUCUAAGAACCGGAAACUUGGAGGGGGUGCGUAUGGAGAUGUUUACCUGGGAGAGCAUAAAGAUGGAGUGAAGAUUGCUGUGAAGGAGCUUAAAGACGUUUUAGACCUUGACGAUGAGCAAUUUGAAAAGGAGUAUCGCAACCUUGAAAUUCUAGAGCACAAAAAUGUUGUCCGGUUAGUUGGCUCUUGCAAUGAAACCAAGGGAGAAUAUGUACCUCACAAGGGAAGGAUGGUAUUUGCUGAGAAGGCUAGGAGGAUGCUUUGCUUCGAGUAUAUGUGCAACGGAAGCCUUGAGAAUUUUAUUUAUGAUGAAUCUAAUGCAUGCAGUUGGCAUACACACUAUGCGAUAAUUAAGGGGAUAUGUGAGGGCUUGGAAUACCUUCAUGAGAAACUAAAACCUGAUCCUAUGUAUCAUUUAGAUUUAAAACCAGCCAAUGUACUGUUGGACGAGAACAUGUCACCAAAAAUCGCAGAUUUCGGCGUGUCAAGGCUGUUCUUAGAAGAAAAAACAAGAAAGACAAACAGUGCUCUAGGAACACUUGGGUACAUACCACCAGAGUACAUAAACGAAGGUUUGAUCUCAAUUAAGUUUGAUAUAUUCAGUUUGGGUGUCCUGAUCAUAACUACUAUAUUAAAGGUGAACAACUUCCUUUUUUCUUAGAAUUUUGAGCUUCUUUUAAA